ACUUUAACUUCAGUUAGAGCAAGAAAAUAUGGAAGGUGUUAUUUAAAAUUCAUUUUAAAAUUUGGAAAUUACCAACAUGUUGACUGCUUUGGGGAGAUUGGCAACGGCAUGUCCUAAAAUUGGCUUCAAGGGGUUCACUCAAGGAGGACGCCACCCGUACGGUCAACCGUCAAUGGUCAAAAGCCCCCUGGAGCAACAAGGUCUCCUACAUACUGGAUCGGUAUUCUACAAGGAAAAAUCGAAGGGCGCAGGCAAACCUGAAAAUGCGGCCAAGACCCCAUUCAAGUGCGAUGAUCUAAGUAAGUUAUGUCCAGAUCCUUGUGUCGAUGAUGAAGAAAUGGAUGCAAUUGCUGAACACGUCGGCGGUAAAUGCGAGAGGGAUCCCUGCUCCAGGGUCAGAGAGCCUUGUGAGUCAUAUAUCAAGACACAUAUAGGUGGAACGAAAAAACCUUCCAAGAAAACGGGCUCCAAUAAAACAGAGACUAAACCCAUUCCAAUACCAACUGCCUCAGAGAAUAAGGCAGAGACUAAACCCAUUUCAACACCAACUGCCUCGAAGCACAAGGACACUACCUCCAGUAAAUUAGCGACUGACGCAAAUAAGAAACCGACAACCUGUAAGAAAGAAAAGGCUGCCUUUAGUAAAAAGUCGAUUGCCUCCCAAAAGACUGCCCCCAGUAAGAAACCGAUUGCCUCUACUAAAAAACCGGCUUCCUCCAGUAAAGUACCGAUUGAUUCAAAUAAAAAGGCUAUCUGCAAGAAAAAACCGACUGUCGCCAGUCAAAUAAAGGAUACGUCCAAUGGCAAACCGACUACCAAUGCAAAGACCCCCGCCAAAAAGAAGUAAGAUGUAAAGCAACAAGACUAAUGAUCAAAUAAUAUAAAGACAGCCAACCAAUUGGUAUUAUUCCAAUGCCAGGAACCCCAUCAAAAAAAA